AUGACGGAUGCCUUGGAACAAAGUGUGCUUGCGUUAGAGAGAACAGUUUCGGUGUUGAAAGAUUCUGUCGAGUCUUUAAAACGCUCAAACGAACCCAGUACGAAUCUCGCAUCAACGAUGCUACAAACUAAAAGGGUUUUCCGUUUAGUCCCUGAGUAUGAUGUGGAGAGAUCUAAAUUGGAUCUGAUUGAAGAAGUAGAACCCCUCGUUAGAACGCUGGGCGAUAAAUUACGAAAAUCUAUGGGCAGAAUGCAAAGAGAACUGGAUACAUUGCAGCAGACCUAUGAAUUGAACGAUUUAAGGUUGAAGAAAAACAUUAAUAUGGAAAACGAUAACGAUGUUCUGAAUAACCCAGAAGUCAGUCGCGAAGAUGAAGGCAGAGAUGAUGUAAGUACGGAUGUCGUUAUGAUGGCAUCGUCUACUAACGAGGAAUUGGAAGAGUUGAAGAAGUUGAAAGAAAAGAAAAAGCAGCUGGAAAAUAAGUUGCAAAUACUCAAACAUAAAUAG